UAUGGAGUGUUGCUGGCAUUUGCUGGCAGAGGCAAGCUGUCCGUCAUCUGCUGGCAGUUGGGUUCUUAACAACUUGGCUUUCGGACUGUGAACAAGGUCAAUGCAAGAGGCAGGCUGAACAACACAACACAACACAAGAAGUCUCUGCUGAACGAGGGAUGUUCAAUUUGAUGAAAAUGCCCAGUUCUGGUGAUAAGAGUAGGAUCCAGUCCCAAUUCACCAGUGGCUCCAACGACAUAUGCGCCAAGAGAAAUGUCACGAUUCGUCUUCGGGACAUUUACGAUCCCAAGCCUUCUCCCAAAGCCCCGGUUCGGAUUCGCCCUCCAGGUCCAAGACCUCCGUCAGUGAAGGAACUCAAUUUAAAGCAAAGCUCGGCAGGUGAUCCUCCAACCAAGACCAUCAUGAGGAGACGAGCUCAGUCUCUUCCUUCCUCUGCAGAAAGGAAAAAGGAACUUCGAAGCUUGCAGGUACGCUUUGUUGACUCUUUGGGCCUUGAGUUAGAGGAUGUUAAAGUCUUCAAAGUUCAAGAGGAGCCCCUGAUACCCCAACAUGUCAUGUUCAGACUACUGAUGAGCUCAGAGCUGGCUUUCGGGAAGUCAUUAGAGCUUUCUCUGCCUUACUUCAAACCUUGUUUCCCUGAAGAUAUGAGGACUCACGCUGACUUUUAUAACCGUCUUUGCUCUCAGAGUGUGUGUCUGGAGCAGGUUUCAUGUUCAGAGCAGGGGAUAACAGGCACUAUACAAGUAAUUAAUUUAGCUUAUGAGAAGGAAGUCACAGUGCAAUACUCUUUCACCAACUGGAGAACACACACAGACACAACGGCAUCCUGGGUGUCAAGCGGGAACCAUGAGAAACACAAAGCUCCAGAAAACGAUAUCUUCAGAUUUCGUCUGCCUGUCCCACCCUUUAUUUUGCAGCCAGGAGCCAUGUUAGAAUUUGCCAUCUGCUACCGUGUUAAAGGACGUAAUCAUUGGGACAAUAACAAUGGACAUAAUUACAAACUGUCCUGCCACAGUUACAACGUGACUGUGCCGAGGGAGUGUGAAGACAGCAUGCUGCAUUUCACCUGAACAUCCACAUGGUGGUGCUGUUACACCUGCACAUAAAUACUAUGGGGGAGCGAACAAGCAAAACAACUUUACAGUAACUACGUUUCCCUUUACUUAUAACAAGCAGAGGUGAAAUGUAAUUUUGAAAAUGUAAUACAGCUUUUCAGUACUUUUCCACUUUAUAAUGUAUUUUUAUUUCACUAUAUUUCAGAGGCAUAUAUUGUACUUUCUCUACAUUAUCAGUGAACAACUGUGAUUACAUUUCAGAUUAACAUGUAUCGUCAGUUUAAACAACAAUGUAACUACAGUAAGUGCGUAACAACCUAAUGUAUAACACAGCUUCAAUUAUGCUUACAUCUUAUAUUGUAUAAUAAUAAUAAUAAUACACUGACCUGUUGCAUAAUACUUGUAAUAAAGUAUUGUGUUUACUUUAGCCAAGGAUUUAGUACAAUGUUCUAUCCAUGAUCAACUUUAAUUGACAAUAGUAGUUGCAGAGGGUCAUUAGGUGACAUUUUAAUAUACUUCUAAAAGUAAUUACUUAAGGCUUGGUAUUUUACUUUUUUUUUUUUUAAAUGCAUCUACAAGAAAGUUAACAGUGGUUUUACGAUCAAGUAAAUGCUAUUCUUAAUUACAAAUCUGCAUCUUAUAGAUUAUUGAAGUUUGAUAUAAUACAUUGGUGUUCAUAAAGUGAAAUAUAAAAACUUGUCAGCUUCACUACAUGUUUGUACUUCAGCCAUAGGGGUGUGCCAACAAGUCAUGCAUUUAGCACUUCCACU